UCCCACUGACGGUGGCCACGCCCAUCACGAGGAAGAGGAGGCGAUAGAAGGAUUUCCCCUCGCCACCUUCGCCUGGCUCCGUGGAGGAGAUGAACGCUAAACUCCAAUGCACAACACAACCUCACCGGAGGUCAUUACACUGUGGCCCCGUUUGAAUUCCAGACCAGGUCAAAAGUAGUGCACUAAAUGGGGAAUAGAUUGCCAUUUGGGACGCAUUCCUUAAAGUUCCUUUAAAACGGAAAACGAAAACCAACAUUUUUUUACUGGACAAAAAUAGGUCCAAGGUAUGUCCCUCCCUGCUUCGGCCCACAUGCUUCCAUUUGGUUCCUAGUGAAUAGGACCAUGAUUGGAUAGGUGAAUGCAAGGGUUUCCACCACGUACUGUGGCUUUCACCUGUCAAGUCCUUUCGAAUCAGUGAUGUAUGAUUCAGAUCAUGACACAACUGUGUUAUACACUGAGUAUACAAAACAUUAAAAACACCUGCUCUCCAUGACAGACUGACCAGGUGAAUCCAGGUGAAAGCUAUGAUCCCUUAUUGAUGUCACUUGUUAAAUCCACUUUGCUCAGUGUAGAUGAAGGGUAGGACACCGGUUAAAGAAGGAUUUUUAAGCCUUGACACAAUCUGAGACAUGGAUUGUCGUACCGGUUUGUGUCAAGAACUGCAGCUCUGCUGGGUUUUUCAUGCUCAACAGUUUCCCGUGUGUAUCAAGAAUGAUCUACCACCCAAAGGACAUCCAGCCAACUUGACACAACUGUGGGAAUCAUUGGAGUCAACGUGGGCCAGCGUCCCUGUGGAACGCUUUUGACACCUUGUAAGAGUCCAUUCCCCGACGAGUUGAGGCUUUUCUGAGUGCAAAAGGGGGGGGGUGCAACUCAAUAUUCGGAAGGUGUUCCUAAUGUUUGGAAUAAUCUGAGUAUUUAACGUAUGCUGUUGAACGAUGACAUAUGUAUUACACAAUGUGAGUUUGUCCAAAAUACUUAUGACACCUUCAAAUGGGGGGGGGACACGAUGCAUUCAGUGCAUUCAUUUCUAAACGGUAAAACCGAUAUAUACUUUCGCCUCGUAUAUUGUAAAACAUUUGACCUCAAGUGAAAUAUUAUCUAGCUUAGCACCCGUAUUAUCGACAUAUUCAACAGCGUUUAAGAAAUAUAUUACCUUUAACAGUGUUAUCUUGUGAUCAAGCCAUCAAUGUUUUGUGAUUAUUGGUGUCGUAAAAAAUGUUAGCUAACGGGUUAGCAAUUAGCAUGUUUGACAUUUCAGUGGAAAUACUACUACUAUCAGCUUUUAAUAAGAGGUUUAGCAAAAAAGAAUAUGUCCCGUAUUAUCGGCAUACGGUCUCCAGUUAUUGGCCACCUUAAAAUGUUGUUCAAUUACAAGAUAUAUCCUUUUAAAUUUGUUAAAAAAAAGAGACACAACCUCGUAUCUGAAGUCUUUACUAGAUAGUUGGCUAGCCUUCUGGUUCAAAAAAAAAAAAAGCCAUAUUCCAGAGGUAAAAAGUUGGAUGUUAAAUUAUGUGUGGUCUGUCGCACAGUCGAAUUUUACAAUAUACAGCGUGUCCCACAAAAUGUGUGUGUGUAUAUAUAUUUUUAUUUUUAAUUUUUUUGAAAACUCUCUCAACCUAACUCAACUUAGAUAAAUUGCAUUGAAAAUCUUUAGUCGCAAAACUUACUGUUAUUUUCCAGCCAUUUAAAUGUUGAGCUCGAGGUGAUUUAAUCCUCUAACCGCUAGAGAGUGUCCGAAGUUAGGUGGUGUCCCAUGUUGGGGGAAAAUUAGCUAAUACAUGUGUAAGAUUUGAAUAUAUGCUUGGAAAUGUGUUUAGGUGGCCCACUGCCACCGCUACACAAAAUAUUCUGUAAAUGUUGUUGUAUAAUAUUUUUUGCCAAGACGUUCUUUUAAAUGGACUGUCAUUGGCUCAGUGACUGGAAGUCUAUGGAAACAGCUACAAUGUUAUUGCUCUAAUGCUAGUAGCAAUGCACCCCCCCCUGCCCCCCACUACCCUUGCCACCACUGCUGGAAAAUAAGUAACACUGAAAGUAUACUUACAUAAAAUACACUAUGAAAGAGAGGUUAAACAUUAAAAUAGGACAUAACAAAAGUGCAGGCUACAAUGUUAAUAGUGUUGAUUAUAAUCUGUGGGGGUUUUUCUCAGUGAGUGGAACAAGACUCCCUAUUCUCCUGAGGGUCCCCUUCACACAGAGAGCACAGCAACCCAGGCAGACAGACUACCCUCAGACAAGGAACUCUAAGAGCAUGGACCUGGUGGCUGAUGAGAGCAACAUGAGAUCCCUGGCAGAGCAGAGCCCAGAGGUCUCAUCCAGGGGGAGUGACCUGGGUCCCACCUUGGGCCUAUGGAAGUCCUGCUCCUUGGAAAGCCACCAGUCGGCCAUGUCUGAGGCCCGGCAGCUGAGCCAGGUGCCCUUCCCCUGUCCCAGGCCUCACAUUGUGCGGGGGAGGGGCUGCAACCAGAGCUUCCGCACCGCCAUCGACAAGUCCUACGAUGGGCCCUCGGAGUCGGAGGACGGGAGUGGUUGCCUCAGGCUUAGAGGGGGGAACCAGUGAUUCUGAAUACAAGAUUGGAGUCAGCACCCCCCUCUCCCACUUUCCCAAAAAGACAUGUCGGUGAACCCGGCUGCAAAGUAUUGAGUCACUGCAGGAGGGAUGGGGUAGGUAUAUGAGUGUGUGUUUGUCCGCCUGUCUACUUCAUUGUGUGUAUGGCAUCUGUGUUGACCUUAAUGCUUUCCCCGGAUAAAAAGAAACUCUUGGUCGACCGUGCGUCGUCCUGUUCUUUCGACCAAUUGUUUGGUCGAAAUGUUUAAACUUAUUUUUCCACAUAUAGACACACCCAAUGUGUUUGAAUAAAAUCAACUGCAUAUGCACUGAGCUUGUCUGAUGCUUUAAGCACACUGUUUGAUUAAAUAGUUAAAAAAAACACAAACGACUCAAGAAAGAGCUCGAUGGUCACACUGUUAAAAAAAUGACAGCGAGUGCCUGUGUGACUGGCGCAUGUAGUCUCGCUCCGCUUCCUACUGCGGCGUGACGGCACCACAGCACAGCAAGUGUUUAAUAAUGCACGGUGUUAGCUGCAACAUCAUUUCAGCCAUUUAGUUUAUUACUUGUUACUGACAGAAAAGUUCUGUUACGGAAAUCCCUGAUUUGUUUAGGAAAAACAUUCCCUAUUCCCUGAACCCUUGCUCUCUUUACUUGAAACAUGCAAGCGUCGCAUGUACAGUAUGUGGCCAAUGGGGCCUGACUUAUAUCCUUUCAUAAUCACAUCAAUAAAUUGUUUUAAACCGUCUCUGAACACAGUAACACGUGACAGCAAAAUGGAUGUGGAGGACGUGAAAAAGAAACUCGAAACAGGUGAACGUUUGCUCAGGAGGUAGAGGGGUUAGUCAGAUCUGUGGAAGACAUUUGACUUAGUUGUGGAAACUACGAGUGAUCAAGGUAAAGGUGGGUAUAGGAGCAAGCGUUGCGCGAGUAUUAUUUGUGCCAAACGGUUGCUGUUAGAUUACAAUAUUCUAUUUUUUUCUGACCAUUUAGAACAGUGUAAACAACACUAAAUAUGUAAGCGUACCAAAGAGUCUGUUCUAAAAACAGUUGCAUGCGUUCGUGAAUUGCACUUUAUUUAUUGUUUAGGCUAAUUAUUCAAAGCUCCCUUCAUUACAUUUUUAACUAAAAUGCUUGAUUCCAUUUCAAAGCAUGAACGCCUCGGCAUGAACAAAUGAAUGAAUGAUUGAUUGAUAGAUACUAUAUAUUGAAACAUGGGCCUAAAUAAGUUAUGGUAUUAAGACAAAACAGGAUGUGCUCUUAUGUCUACAGCUCGAUGGUGGUUAUUAUACAAAGCCUACUAAUGAUAGCGCCAUUGCUUAUUAUAAUAAUAAUGAUGAUGAUAAUAAUUGAAAUGACCCAGAAGGAGAUCAAGAAAACAACACUAAAUAAAUGAUAAGUAAUAGCAGUCUGUUGUAACGGGGGGAAAGUGUAAAGCAUUUAUUAAAGCAUAGCAAAGAUUAAAAACAGCCGAAUCUGUGAAAUUGCUUUAUCCAACAUUUUGCUGUUGCACGAGGCUUGGUGCUCACGGAAUCAGUAGGCUAUUAAACAAACACUCAAACAGGCAACAAAAGCAAGAUCUGUCUUACUUCUGUAGAUAUAUAGGGAUGAUUUAUAAAGCCAGGCACAUCUAAGUUAGACUAUUGAUUAUAGACCUAAUUAAGUUGGGUUUCCCACUCUCCUACAUUUUCUUAGAUAAUUAGGCUAAGGCAAGGGCUGUUUCCUCAUCUCUGCUGCUGUUGCCUCAGCUGCAUUGUUCUAAAUCUCAAUAUGCUGCUUAUCUUUGCUAUUAUGCACAUAGCAACAUAGGGAAAGGCGCCAAUUCUACGGCGAGUUGAAGAUUAUGUUUCAGAACUGAAGACAGUGACCGUAUCCAACGCAGGAGAAAACGCAUUUGUUAUAAAAUAAUAUUAGGGUUGCGCCGUUAUUUUGACAUAAUAUAACCAUAUACAAUUUCAGUAUCACAUGUCUUAGCCUGAUGGACUGUGCCAUCCCCGUGACCUCCACGAUGGAUAAGUCCACUGAGACAUGCGCGAAUCGGACAGGUGUUUUGUGCACCAUGAAAGAAAGAAAGAAAGAAAGAAAGAAAGAAAGAAAGAAAGAAAGAAAGAAAGAAAGAAAGAAAGAAAGAAAGAGAUAAAUUGUGACUGCUCGACUAAAGAAAUCUCGGUCGACCAUCAGCCUAUUGACCGAACAAUCAUCCAGUCGACUAAAUGGGGUCAGCCCUAGUUGACAUUUUAACCUUUGAUACCUCCCUGUGAGAUGACCUGUCAGAGCAGAGCUCCGGCCGAGACACGCCCGUCAGUGGCUCAUCCCGCCAGGACCAGAUCAAAUCAGGGGCAGGGAAGAAGAAGAAGAAGAAGCAAAGAAAAACUGAGAAUUCUGAGGACCAGGAGAAGGCCAAGAAGAAAGGAUUUGGGCUCUUAAGGUAGGCAACCAUUUACAAUUUAGCAGAUGCUCUUAUCCAGAGCAACUUACAGUGGUGAGUGCAUACGUUUUUGUACUGGUCCCCUGUGGGAAUCAUACCCACAACCCUAGCGUUGCAAGCUCCAUGAUCUUCCAACUGAGCCACACGGACCAAUGUUUCCCCUAUUUAUGUUUCAUAAUAUGUAUCUCUGAAUUCUAGUUCCAUUCUUGCCUCUUUUAGCACUCCCCUUUUCCAACUGUUCAGGUCAUUCAGCCACUGCUUAUUCCAGUAUCACUCACCCAACGUUUUCUCAACGUUUUCCCCAUCCCAAUAAGCACCUAACACAUCUCUCUCAAUUUAUUUCACUAGUACAGGGCAUUCCAACCCUGUUCCUGGAUAGCCACCCUCCUGUAGGUUUUCACUGUAAACUCAGUUGUAAUUAACCUAGUUCAGGUUAUCAACUAACUAAUUAUUAGAAUCAGGUGGGCUAGAUUAGGGUUGGAGAGAGAACCUACAG